AUGUAUGGUGUUUCGAAACGAAUUUUUGUUGUUGACGUUUACAACGACGUCGAAACAAGCCCAAAGGAUUCGAACCAAACCAAAAAAACACGUCUAACCCAAAAUGGGACUUUUCACAUUAAAACUUCCAACGUUGAAGAUUUUAAAGAGAAUUUUUCACCAAAUGAAAAGGAGAACUUUGGCCCUUUGCCAAACCUUUUGAAAUCCACAGAUAACGCUGAGUUCGUCACCGUCCUUAAAGUUGAAGACCGACUCCCCCCUGUACCAGAAGGGGAGGAAGAAGAGGAUGAAGAUCACAAACAAGAAGUGGUCCCCUCAAAAGGAGGUUUUGUAACGGUGUUAGAAGUAAAUAACUACAACAAUGCCGAAAAGAGUUCUGCUGAAGAUAAAAUGAUAGAAGAGGUUAUUAUUUAUCGUUUGCCUGGGGAGAGACUGGGAAUGGCUCUCAAGUUCGAGGGGGGUGUUAACGUUACUGAUAGCGUUUCAAGAGUCUUCAUUCAGUCGAUAAAUCCGGAUAGCCCAGCUGCACGAGCGCAGUGUUUUCUCAGACCUUUACAGGAAGGAGAUGAAAUUUUAAAAAUUGACAACCGUAGUGUAUGUGAAAUGACGCGUUUGGAUUGCGUUACGUUGUUAAGGGACGCUCCUGUGUGUAUCAAAAUGUUGGUCAAACAUCAAACCCCAAAUUCUACCAUCCAGAACGGAGAAAAUAUCAUGAAUGGUCAAAACCGAUUAUUGGAUAAAAUUAAAGAAGCGAUACAAACCGAAGAUAAACCACCAUUACCGCGAAAAAAGAAGGGUCCACCCCCUCCUGUACCUCCACGGAAAUCUCCUUCCUCGUCAAACAGCGUCAUCUUUGUACAGCAGGAAGAACUAGGAUUAAGUGUUAGUGAAAGGAUUGCUUCUAUUGAAAAAAGCCGUUUACUUCCUGAGCGGCCCCGUAAAAGACCGUCCCAACCUCCACCACUUCCUCCUCGCCUACCAAAACCACCCCACACUCCCCAGGAGACGGACCUCCUGCCAGAGAAACCUCCCUUUAGAGGUGGAGCACUUAGCAUGAAGCUUCCCGGGUGGGAAGAACUUAUGCAACGACGCCUCGCCCGUCUAGAAGAUCCCGAACACCAGGAGGAGGAGGACGAGCGACCAUCGGAAGCAAAUGUUUAUACCGACCUUUUUUCCGGAGAGGACAUACAGAUCAGAGAGUCAGAGUCUGAUGACACUGGGAGUUCAGUGUCAACAGUAAUCGAACGAUUUUCUAGAACUAGUACUGCCAAUUCGAGCUUUUCGGAACACUCCAGCAGCCAAGAAAAGCCGUCCAAACCAUUCGAUUUGGAGCAGGUUCUUAGUCCUUUUGAACAGCUGGAGCGGGAGUUGGAUGAUGACGAAGGAGAUUUUCAGCCACUUGAUGUUUCUGAUGACCCUGAAAUUUUAGACAGUUCUGAAAUAGUACAGUCGGAUGAGUUUACCAUUGAACCACCCGAAUCCUUUCAAGACUUUUUUCUCUCAGACAGAGCGGAUGAGGACGACUUAUUUCCAACUAAACCUGUACUCGAUAACAAGAACAGUGAACCAUCCUGCUUAGACUACUCGUGUGAGCCACAUAUUUAUAACAUGGUGAAUUCCUCAUCAGUGUUACCACUAGAUGAACACGAUAUGGUACCAGCUGAACACCGAAAUGGUCACAGCAAUGAGAGUUAUUCUUAUUUCAAUGAAGAUGAAAACAGGAAUAACGUGCUACAUAAGACGAUUGAAAUCAUGGAAAGUCAAGCACAUGAACCAAACGUCAACGAAAAGAAUCUUAAAACCCAUUAUGUUAAUUCAAGUCCUCCAACUGGAGAGGAAGAUAUCUCUGUAGAAAGUGUAGAAGAAAUAAACGCUAACUUCUCUGCUAUUAAAGAAAAUUCAAAUAAAAUAGAGAUAUAUGAAGAAAUGAACAUUCCACCACGUCCUCCUAGAAAAAUAAAAACGUCUUUGAAUAUUGAGAGUGAAUUUAACGAGAUGGAGAAAGGAAAUUCUGUUGAUAAUCAUUGCGAGGCAGUUCGAAAAAUUUGA